AUGGAGCUAAAAGAAAAGAAGAAGAAAACAAACUACAAAAAAAGAAGAAUACAAUACAAAAAGGGAAGAAUACAAUACAUUCCUACCGACCUAACCAUAGAGAUACUCUCAAGGCUGCCUGAGAAAUCUAUUGCUAGGUUUAGUUUUGUGUCCAAGCUUUGGUUAUCAAUCACCACCGACCCAUUUUUCCCACGGCCGCGCCUUGUACUCUGUUUCCAAAACUAUUACGACUUGUAUGUUUCCUCUAUUCCACAGCACACUCAGAACUCCAACAGGUCCUACUCUUCUUCUCUGUCUAUUGAUUAUCAUCAUUCGAUGAAACUCCCAGUAGAUUUUAUCCACUACCCAUCUACGGAAUCUGUCCAUGGCGUGAUCUGCUUUGAAUUAAAAAAGCCCAUAGUAUGGAACCCUAGCACGAGAAAGUUCAUAACUUUACCAACUAUACCAAGGCCCUGUAAGGACUGGAGAAAGAUAACACUGCUGUUAGGGUAUGAUCCCGUUGAAUGUAAACACAAAGUAGUGUGCAUUCCAUAUAAAAGGAUUUGUUACGUGUGCCGAAUUUUUACACUUGGAUCAGCUCAGGAAUCAUGGAGAACGAUCAAAGUUAACCAUAAGCAUCAUUCUGGCAUGCAUGCAUAUGGGCGAUGCAUCGAGGGUGUGAUAUAUUAUAUAUCAUAUAAUCGUCAUCAGAGCCGUGGUUAUGUUGUAAUGAGCUUCGAUGUCGGAUCUGAAAAUUUCGAUAUGAUAAAACUACCUUCGGAAUUUUAUGGGGACAAGCUGAUAAUAUAUAAGGGAAGGUUGGCUUAUUUUAGUGAAAUAAUUCAUAGAGAAAAAUAUAGAAUAUUAUGGAUUUUAGAGGAUGCACAACAACACAAAUGGUCGAGACAAGACUUUUUUCAACAUUUUGGUGACAUAGAUCGGAGUUUCAAACUAACCGGUUUCACCCAUGCUGGGGAGUUUAUUUAUGUACCAAAAAGGGUUAGUCGCUCGUUUAAUAUUUUAUUAUGUGAUCCGGUGAGAAACAGCUGGAGAAGAUUUGAAUUUAAAGGAUUGGCAAACGAGGUAUCUGUCCAUAAUGGAGUUGAAGAAGAUGAUGAUGAUGAUGAUGAUGAUGAUGAUGAAUACCGACCUUAUGAGCUCGAUGCUUUCCCGAAUCACAUUGAUAGUCAAAUGUCUUUGUAA